GUGGAUGGUGGCAGCCCCUGCGCUGGCCGCGUGGAGAUGCUGGAGCCCGGCCAGUGGGGGUCUCUGUGUGACGACACGUGGGACCUGGAGGACGCCCACGUGGUGUGCAGGCAGCUGAGCUGCGGCUGGGCCAUCCAGGCCCUGCCCGGUUUGCACUUCGCCCCCGGCCGAGGACCCAUCCACCGGGACCAGGUGAACUGCUCCGGGACCGAGGCCUACCUGUGGGACUGCCCGGGGCGGCCUGGAGAGCGCUACUGUGGCCACAAGGAGGAUGCUGGCGUGGUGUGCUCAGAGCACCAGACCUUGCACCUGACGGGGGGCACCGACCGCUGCGAGGGGCAGGUGGAGGUGCACUUCCGUGGGGCCUGGAACACGGUGUGCGACAGCGAGUGGUACACCUCGGAGGCCCAGGUGCUCUGCCGGGCCUUGGGCUGUGGCAGCGUGGCCGGGAUACCCAGGGGGCUGCCCCACUCCCUGCCGGGCCGGAUGUACUACUCGUGCCAGGGCGACGAGCCCACCCUCUCGGACUGUGCGUGGCGGUUCAACAACUCCAACCUGUGCAGCCAGUCGAAGGCAGCCAGGGUCCUCUGCUCAGGUUCCCGGAAGCUGCUCAAUCAGUCCACGUCUGACCUUCUUACCAGCGCACAGCCAGCCACCACAGAGCCGGCGGUGACGGUGCCAGCGGAGGACUGGACGCCUCGAGAGCUGAUGCUCCUCAUCCUCUGCUUGGUCCUGGGGACCCUCCUGCUGGGCGCGCUCAUCAGCAUCCUGGUCCUCCUCUUGAGAGUGAAAGGGAAAUACGCCCUCCCUGCCGCGGGGACGCACCAGCACCGGCCGGCCGCCCCAGCCGGGGUCAAUAGCUACCAGGAGGUCCCCAGCACCGUCCCCAAGGACGAAGCUCCCAAGCUGCCCAUCCAGGCCCAGGCCCCGCCCCCCGCGGACUCGGACUCCAGCUCCGACUCAGACUAUGAGCACUAUGACUUCAGCGCCCAGCCUCCCGUGGCCCUGACCACCUUCUACAAUUCCCAGCGAUACCGGGUCACGGAGGAGCAGGCCCAGCAGAACCGGUUCCGGAUGCCCGCCCUGGAGGAAGACCCCCCCAGCCAGGUCCCCCAGCAGCGCCCCCGGAGCAGCAGCGGGUCCAGCACGUCGUCCGGGGAGGGCUACUGCAACAGUCCCCGCGGCAGGCUCCCGCCGUGGGGCCCCCUCCCGGAGCAGCCGCCGCGCCUGGAGCUGGCUGGCUCCCAGGGAACCUUCUCAGGGCCCUCGGCUGACGAUGGCUCCAGCACCUCCUCCGGGGAGUGGUACCAGAACUUCCAGCCGCCACCGCUGCCCCCGCCCCCUCCUGAGGAGCCGCUUGGGUGUCCAGCCCAGGGGCGGGGCCGCUCCCGGGAGGGCGAGCUCUCCGUCGCUGGUGGACUGGACACGCCCGCCCCGCUCAGCAGCCGCCCCAAGGGCUGA